AUGGAUAGAAAAUCUGCUAGAAUAAAAGCAGAGUUGCAAAGAUAUGGUUGGAGAGUUUCGAAGAAGUUUAAAUAUAGGAAGGGAAGACCCAUAAAAGUCUAUGACAAAUUGUCUGGUCUUCGCUACGAAAUGGAUUUGGAAACAGCACGUGCAAAUUAUCCAAACAGACUAGAGAGGUUAGAAGAAGAACGUCUUAUGGACAUGCCUUUCGAUGUUAGUGAACCUCAAGUUGAAGGACACGACGGCUUUGCCAGAUUCUACUGGAAACAUGACGAACAAUUGCAUCCUUUGAGAAGGAAAAAAGGAAAAGGUGAAGACGCACAUGCUCCCAUGGAAAGAACAAGAUAUGCAUAUGAAAAGUAUCGUGAAGUUAGAAGUCAAAUUACAUCUGGUCGAACCUUUACAGUAAACUUUGACGAAGGAAAGAACAAAGAAGGCUUCAUGGGUGUACUUGCUGCAAUUCAAGACGGAAAUAAGAAAGGACACAAUCUCAGAUUGACCAUAACAGAUUUGGAUGGUCACAUUUACUAUGCACAUGGCAAUGUCACAACAGCCGCACAACUUCUUGACGCUUUCAAGACUACAAAGAGAGAACAAAUGGUUGACUCCGACUCAGACAUUUUGAAUGCAAUUGAAGGAAUUGCAAGCGUGAAGUUCGAAUGGUACCAACCUAACCCUCAAGCAGUCAGACAACAUGCUGGAUACUUCCCGUUCAGAAAUAAGUCUGACAUUGACUUGACAAGGUAUGGAAUUUACAAUUCAAUUGAAACAAUUGUCAAUGAACCUUGUAUUCUUACAUGUCUCAGGAACUCUGGUCUUGUUACAGAUGAGAAAAUGAAGUAUCUUGAGUCAUGUGUGAAGACAAGGUACAUGCUCAGAGGUCAAUUGGCAAAAAUUGCACCGUUGGCAAAUGUCAAUAUCCGAGUCAACAUUCCGACUGAGAAAGGUUCUUCACAUGACGACUAUGUUGUUGACAAAGACUUACCAUGGUUGAAGAUUGUAAUUGUCCACAACCACUUCAUGUUGAACGAAAGUCUUACAAACCCAUU